AUGGGUCCAGCAUCGGGUGCUGCUCCUCUUCGUCGAGGAAAGAGAAAAGCAAUCUACCUCACGGAUGAGGACGAUACACUAGUAGUCGCGCCACCGAAGCAACUCCAUGCUUCUAUUACCUGGGACGUACGGGCUAAGGAUAUGGCCCAUCACAUGUUCUGCACCAAGUUCGUGGCUAUCAUGGACACGGCCAUCGAAUCCCAAAAGUGGGACGUGGAUAUUCAGAAGAAAUGCAUGGAGCUGAUGGGCGAGCUUCGAAUCGAUGGCCUCUAUUUGAUAGGCACCACCAAGCACGAACUGGCAAAGAUGUUUACCUACGACCCUUGCUUCAUAAGAAUCAUGAUGCUCAAAGUCUUAUUCUCACCCGAAAGGAUCAAGAGCUGCGAUUUUCUGGAAAGAGCCGUCCCGCCGAAGUAUCCAGGAUGGGAUUAUACCAAGGACCUCUACCCACCCUUACAAUAUCCCACAGGUCAGCACGCAGAAAAGGAGCUCGAAGCCAUUAGAGAGAGCAUCCAAGGCGUGGCAAACUGGAAGAUGUUACCGCAACAGAAGGCACCGCCUCGAAGGGAACGAAGACCAGAAAAAUGGAUCGACCAGCCCCUGGGAAAGAUCAAAAUUGAGACAACAUUCGAUUUCGAGGAAGAGACCCGGGGAUCUACUCGCAAACAUCAAAUAACAGGCUAG